AAAAAAAAGUCGAGGCUGAUUGCUAUGCGCGCCGACAUCAUCGCAUUGACUACCGCCCAAAAAAAAAGACAAAAAAAUAAACGACAUCGACAUCAACUGACGUGCAGAAAAUUUAAUACUAUUUGGUUUCCCCUACACCGAUAAACAAUCACCUAUUCACAUCGCCCCACAUAAGCUGUCACGAUGUUUGGAGGAUUCGAGCCACCCCAGCUUUCGGAGGAGCAGCUUCGCAUGGCCGAGGAGGAGGCCACCUUUGCGGUGAAGCACUUUGUCGCUGCCAGCGUCAUUCUCUACUUCUCUCCCUUCGCCAUCGACGUCGUUUCGAAGCUGUUCUGAGAAACAAUCUUGAGCUUUCAAAACUCACCACGUCGAGCUUGAACAAAGUGCGCAGGCUCAGUCCCGGCGUGCGCUUCACCGUCUUCGGCAGACCGAUACCUCACCGACCGUUUCCACGCCGUGCAUCUGUUCCUCCAGCUCAAUACCUUGUAAUCAUCAAACCACACGACCUUGGAGGCCGGGGACUUUCUGUUUUCUCAUUGGGGGGAGGACUGAUAGAACUGUACAAUACUGUAUGACAAAAGCUAGUCACAUUGUAAUGGACUUAUGACAACAACGCAAGCAAAAGGCCACCCAGUUUAUCUCGGGUCUGAACGGACCCUUCUCUAUAUUCCGACGACAUGUUCAGGCCGCAGGAUUUAUGUCGAGACUGUUGUGGUUUCUA